CGAAGAAGAUGAGAGUUGUUGUUUUCGUUAGCCUGCCUUUCUUCGCGCUCUGCACUGAACACGCUUUUUUGAAGCGCAGAUCCCUCAUGUCCCCAGAAAACGAAUACAUCAGAAAAGAGAUUACGGAUCUGUGUGGGAAGACCAUGAAGCUGGCCGCUACCGAGAUGAAGUCUGCAGUUCUGUUGGAAUGCAACAGACUCGACGAGUCACUGCGAGAUUGCAAGUGGACCGUGACCACCGCCGUGGCGAACCAGUCAGUCGUCGUCAGUUACAUCUCUCACAGCCUUCGCACCAGCCUCUUUUCCGAGAUAUGCAUCGACUAUGUGAAGGUCAGCCAUAGAAAUCACUCGUCUGUCACGGUCUGCGGCAACAUGAAGAACGUUGAGGUGCACCAGAACAGCGUGAACUUCACGCUUCACCUGAAUCCUACUUGGGCGAUGGAGAUGAGGGGCACUGCUGUGUCACUCUACGUUACAGCUGGCUCUCUCCCCAGCUCCAUGGGAAAAUGCGCAAAUGGCUCGUUCUUCUGCGCCACGUCCGGGAUAUGCAUCUGGGAAGGCUUCAUAUGCGACAGCGUUGCCAACUGUCUGGACUACGACGACGAGCACUGGUUCUACGGAAGCACAUGCGUAAUGCCAAUGCUGGCGCUCGAGCUCAUCAUCUUCGGUCUGGUGCUGCUUUUCGUGACCAUGCUGGCGUUUUGCGCGCUUCUUCGGGACAUCAUUAAGGACUACAAGCUGGCCUCUGUGCACAUGGAACGGGACCCCAUGUCCAAGCGCGACCUCAUGCAAGCCAAGCGACUCGAGGCGGCCCAAUUCGACCUGGUGGGGUCAGACGAAGUGGACCGCGCGUCCUCUGUGACGGCAGCACUGAAACCCAGAGGUCAAUCAAGCGCUGCCUCUUCGAUGGGGUCGCCGAGUCCCGCUCGUGGCAACGUCAGCUUUGCCGGAGGCGGCGAUAAGUGCCCGGGUGAAGACACCGAGCCCGACAGGCGCUCGCUGUCUAAGUGCAAGCGUAGAUUCUCCGUUGUCACCAGGUUGUCGCAUGCGUCUCUGGCCGAUGAUUAACGGAAUUGAGGGAUAGGAAACUGCGUAGUAGGUGUACGGACGACCUCGGUGGUUGAACAGAACUCGUCGGUGUGGGAUGUGGAAUAUGCUACGGUUUUGUUUGGUGAUAGAGAAAGAAUAAAGUUCGCAGGUGCAAAGUUCUAAGCAGUUACAGGCUCGGGCAAAACUGUGGAGGUUGUUACGACGGUUGUCGUAAUAUUUUUUAACCAAACGGGCCGCAAGUAACUUUUGUAUCCUACUUCAUUGGGAAGUAAAAAAAAAAAUACGCGGUAUUCGAUUCGCUGUCGAAGUGUAUUUUUCUAGAUAUUCGUCUUUGGAGUCAGAAAAGGGAUACUUCGGUAUGGGUAUACACACACAUACCGCAGAAUUCAUGGCACAUACAACGCUCUUACCGACAUCGUGUCGUUGCAUGCGUGGUUGGUUGAUGGAGUUUAAUGACUCAAAACAACCCUGCGAUUACAAAGAAGGCCAUCGUGGAGGGCUACGGAUUAAUUUUGACCACGUGUGCGCGUUUACCGUGCGCUCAAACCGUAACAAACGCGCAUUUUUUUUUUUUUUGCAAUCCGCCUCUGCUGGAACGCGGCCACUGUUGGCGGGAAUCGAACCAUCGACCUCGUUCUCAGAAGCCGAAUGCGAAGGUCACUUAGCUAUUGCGACGGGUGGUGCGCUGGCCCGUCGGAUACUUAACGCUCGCAAGGCUCAGCGUAGUCGUCACAGCUGAGCGAGAUGGUGAACAGUCGUCUUAGAAUGUGGGAAUCGGUGCAAUAAUUUGUUUGAGAGGCGUUGACGGUACACGGCACAAACGGAGAAGAAACUGGCACGGCAUGCACAGCGGUGUGCCUUGUCCAUUUGUUCUCCGUUUGUGUCGUCUACUGUGAGCUGCUUGCCGCGUUCCGAGAUGGUUGGCAAGGCUUCCUGUCUUUACUGGUGGUGUGGUUUUGCCCCAGUGCCGGCGAUGACAAAUAUCGCUUGAGCGCUGGCGAGGAAGGCGUUUAGUGGGUGCGUGAGAGGGGGUGGGGUAUAAAGAUAAGGUUCCAAUAGAUAAAACUUAUCUAUUUAUAUAUCUAGUGCAAUGAAGAAAGAAACGGCACCUCGGCGUAGUCGCUCGCACGGCGGGCGCAAGAAUACGUGAGAAGAAAGUAGGCGAUCACAGGGACGCCCUCUUGUCUGCUUCUCUCGCUUACAAUGGCGCAGUCGACAGGAUUCGGAGCUGUGCGGUGAUGUAUGGGCCGCAGGGGAUGUAAGGUCUAUAUCUAGAGACCUUAAAUAAGGACAGACAGUAUCCGGUUCCUUUACAUAUCUCUAUCGCGUCGCUUUCGCUACUUCGUGGUUUCACGCGGCGAAAAGACUUUCACGCUACAUAUAUUCAAGAGUGGUGACGAUGUCGUGUCCGUCGACUGUCUGAAAGAUGCUUUCCUGGAACCUAUACCACCGCAAGCCGGAUAUCUGCCUGCUGCGUUUAAGUCCAUUUCUUCCUGUUUACAUUAUUGUGUAGUGCUUCAUCUGAUCUUAGACUCGAGUUAUACAGGCAGACAGGGCGAGAGAGAGAUAGAUAAAGAAAGAAACAAAAGAGGGAAAGGUAAGGAGGUUAACCAAGGACGUGCCAUCUCCCCCUGCCUGUCCAACUCAGUCCUAUAGGAGCAGAUGAAGCCGUUGCGUUUCCAACGACACCAUUCGCCAGCGUCCUGAAUCAUGUCUAAUGAUACGACUCCGCCUUUAUAGGCAGGAUACCUGUGGUGGCGCCCCAGUGCUAUUGAUGACUAGUACUGCCUGAGUGCUGGCGAGGAUGAAGUUUAGAGAGUGCGCGUGCAUGCGGUGAGAAGAAUAACGACAGUCAGUGUCCGGUCUCUCUGCCUUGUACGUCGCGUGGUUCUCACUACAGUUCCAAACGCCUACUCUUCGUAUCCGUCGUAAGUCACGUGCGUCGGCUACUAAUGCACCCUAAUGACUCCUUGGUAAUUAACUCCUAAUGGAGCGGAAGGUGUAGGUAAAUGCACAUUGCUUACCGUGAUGGUGGUUCUCCAGUACAUCCGCUACACUUACCGCCAUGCACACUACAGACACUCAUUAGAAAGAACUCACUGUAAGGAUUGUGAAUACAUCAAAUGACUUGAUGUUAUUUGAUGAUGAUAUGUUGAUUAUGAAACACAAGGACAUCAAGGCGUAUAGGCAUCGGUAUUGAGGCUCGGAGUUGGAGAUCGGUGGCAGGAGACCCAGAAAUGUCGACUUAAAGGCGAUAUAUCGCGGUGCGUGCUGUGUUGGUGCUACGGGUGCAAAAAAUUAUCGAGUGAUACCCGUAAUAUCCGCAACUCUUCAAUAAAUAAGCAAGCGAAGCAAGUCUCACGAGUUGCAACGCUAGUGAGCGUUACAAACUCGCUUUCCAGACCAGCGGUGCAAAAAAGUCGUCACACUUUCUUUCCUCGAAGAGAAAUUUUAUUUUAUGAAAUAUUGCAUCUGAUUAACAAUGAUCUAACUGUACAGUCGCUCUGGCUAGGCAUAGACAGGACGACAAGAAACAACGUAAGAAAAAAAUUGGCACAACCACCAGUGUCAAGCGCUUGUUGCAACAGAAACUUCGGCAUACUCGCUGUGUAACCCUGAGGUGAUUUUUUUUUUCAAGUGACAACUUAGUCGUUAUUUCUUUUGUGGGGCUGGUGCUUGUUUUUCUUCGAAAGUUUUUGCUGACGCAAGGAAGACGGCGUCGAGAGGAGGGUUACUUCAGUUCAACGUGUUAACCACGAUUUCUGAAAUUUUGUUGUGUGAUUGACAAAUCACGUCUGAGUUCCCGAAAAUGUGAUCUUGCAAUGAACACAAGUUGAGUGGAGACAUGGCAUUUCAACCAAAAAAAUUGCACCUAUGUAAGUAUGCAUCGUAAACCACGCUAGUCGGUGGUGUUAUUUUGGUGUUAUUUUGACACUCACUUCUCCUAGCUAAUGUUUGCAGGCAAAUUUUACGCUGUGCCUCAAUUCUACGCAUGUUUCUGUGUUUCGGGCACCGUCCCGAGAAAACCGUUAGGACUCGGGAAAAAAAUAACAAGACAGGAAGUUGCGCCUCAGCGCAUCCGAUGUCGUCGACAGUUGUGCGACAGGAUAUACAAGCUUCGAGCGCUGGGCAAACAGACAGGAAAAUAAUCAUUUUGCUUCACAACAGGAGAACAGUGACACCACUUCGAAAGCUAUGCGAAACCACGACACUCAUCUGCUACGAUCGUUCUGACUAAAGUUACUAAACACCACACACAGAAAAACAAGGCCUUCGCAGCAGCCACAAAAACCUCGGGAGAUCGGCUUGAUCCUAGGAACGCCAGGGGCUACUAGAGUGCAGGCAAUGUUCAACUUUGCCGAUAAAGAAUUUGCAAUUCAGCGUUGACCUAAGAUGUCCAAGAGCAUGAAACAUAGUGUUAACGAAACUAUACAUCAGAUAUUUUCAACCUAAAUAAGUGCUCUCGAUUUUUGGCACAUAUUCACAACGCGUAAUGCAUUGGAAGCCUCGGAGGACUGAAGUAAAGUCGAUGUUUCCUGAUUUAACAAAAUUUCCUGGGAAAAUAAGGGUUAUACGGUCAUAGGUGAUCUGUUGUGUUAAAUACCUCAAGAUUUUGUUCACGUUUUGUUAGAGUAAGCACAUCAUCUUGACAGCAUGAGUCGGAUUGCUUUUCUUUCACGAUACCAGAAAGCCUGUUGAUGUGUCUUAGCACAGCAAUAUUAACGCCGGCUCUACCAGACGGCGCCAGCUGCUCUGCUCUGGAAUAAACAUUAUCUUAUUCUUACGAAUGUUUCAAAUGUUGCCAAUUUAACGAUACAGUUCUGGCGUUCUGUCUACUUCGUUAUAUUUAACUUGGACUGGGUGUUGCGCAGACGAAGCUGACAUUUGCCGUUGAUAAAAGCUUUUUUGUUGUAGCCAACCACUCCGCAAACGAAAGUCACUUGCGCGUGCAAAAUAAUUACUAUAAUUUCGAGGAUUGUUUUUUUUUUCUGGCUAUGUCAAGCGAUCUCCGUUGAUUCUUUGCUUGAUGCGAAACACGUCAGUGUACGCAGUUCGCUGUGCCCUCAGCCCGGAGGCCAAGUUGCACGAUAGCUCUUCGCGCAACAUAGCACCCCUGAGCGUCAAAAAUCUGUCCAACCUUCAUCGUUCUGAGAGGCCCUUGCGCGCAACUUCGACAACCCCAGCAAAGGGAAGAGAAAAGAAAUUGAGGAACUGAAACGGGGCAACGAGGAUGCGAAUGAUCUUUUUUUUUUCUCGUUUUCGUAAAGGCACCACCUAUGUUUAGUUCAGUUGCGUUUACAGGAUAAACAUGUAUACACACAGAAAGAGAUAGAUAAAUGCUGAGAUGCGAAAGGGCCGCUUGAAAAAGAAGCCUUCUUUUCUUAGCUGCCUCUAAGCAAGUCGAAAACAGCCGUGGUCACCUUCGAAGGCGAGUUCGGAAGACGUGGAAAUGGCAAUGACCGGGCAAAGCGGCCGGUGUUCGUUUUGGCUUGAGACAUCCCGGGGUCAUGCCAUGAACGACGGGACUUAGAAUACAGAGAACACCGGGAAACAGUGGGAGGACCUUUGCAGUGCUGCAAGUUCUACGACGGGUACGUCAGAGACAAAGGCUACCGGCACAAAGCUUAGAUGUGGUCUGCGAAGCGUCCGACAGCGUCUCGUGAAUUACGAAUGAGCCGCAGGACGCAUGUUUCUGAAAGUAAUGCGGCACACCAUCGGAUAACCUUGCGGCAACUAAGUUCUUGCUUUUAGCCUCGUCGUUUUUGAAUGGAGGCGCACGAUAUAAGCUUUCGAUGAAACCGUUUCCGCGGGAGCUCUUGGGAAGUCGUGCACAAGCGUGUUAUCUCGUACGGGUCGUUAAUUUUUUCCCCC